AUGCUUAUGGUAAUAUUAGAAAUUAGGGGUAAAAAUGGCGCCAAAGUAUCGUCUACGAUUCCAUAUCCUACCCAAGCCUCUUCUCCCGCUUCUUCUCCCUCCAAAAGAGGAUUCACGACGUCACCAUCGGAUGCACCACACGCGGAGCAAUGCCAAGGAAUUACCAAACAAGCAAAGAGAUGCACACGGCGUGUCAAGCUGGAUAAAGUCGAGACAGGUGAAGAUUUUCAUCGAUUCUGUCACCAGCAUGGGAAGGAUAUACUGACACAGAAGGGAUUCUUCAAUAAGCGUGGGGUUUGGAUUGAGUUUGAUUUCUGGAUACCACAACAACGAUUGUCCACCUUCACUCAAAUACAAUUGAGACUUACGAUGGAGAAGCCUAUAGCUCACGCAGAUGUAGCUGGAUGGAUUUAUGUGUAUAGCAUGCCACAAACAGCAAGACACGCAGAGUACAAAGUGGGAAGAACAAACAAUAUCAAUAGAAAGAUCGAUAAUUGGAGUAAGCAAUGUAAUAAGGAGCUACAUACGACAUUUGCAGCGGAUCCAGGGUUCGUGUGUAAGCAUGUGAGUAGAUUGGAGAGGUUAAUACACCUAGAAUUGGCAGAAUACAGCAGUAGAGAGUCAAUACAGUGUGCACAGUGCGGUAAAAGACAUAGAGAGGUAUUCAAAUUACAACGUAUGUACAACAGGAAAGGCACGGAAUUUGAGAAUGUGGUGAAACCAAUGAUAGAAAAGUGGAAUAGAUUAGUACAGCUGUUAGAAUAG